AUGAUGCCCAAUGUGAGUCGGAGAUGCACGAGCGUUCGUUCGGUGUACUGGCAGAGAAGCGGGCGCGUGCAGGCCGCUGGUCCGGGAGCCCGGCGGGUCCCCUCCCUCCCGACUCGUCGGGCCUGCUGCUCCCUCCGAGUCCAGUUUGCGCAGUCGACCGACCACUCCACGUGCUCCGCCUCGACCCAGUCACGAGCACUCAGCUGCAUCGCUCCUUCUGGUCUCUUUAUUUGAGCUAUGGCAUCAUAUUCAUGAUCAGGCUGUACUCCUUUUACAUUGCAGUCUCGCAGAUCGCCAUUCGCUUUGCUGCGCAAGUCAAGUCGCUUCGGUCGAAGCGUCUCUCCUCGCGAAACGGCCUUUACCGACAUGAGCGUAUUCGACCCCGUACUUGAUCAUCGUAACACCGGCAAUGGCUCCGUCUCCCCAUCGACAGGACGUCCCACGGCUUCCGUCAAGAUGGGCUGGUGCUCAAACUCGUUGACCGGUGAGACUUCACCCGUGGCGAACGAGUCGACCAGUUUGAAGUCCCGGUCCUCUACCAGUGGAGCGAGCAUCACCAGCAACAAUCACAACGCGUCGUUUGGUCUCGAAGGCUUGGCAAUUGUUGCGGACGACAAGGUGCUCCUUUCGCUCCCCUCACCCGCCGAGGUGUCGCCAGAUUCUAGGCGACUUCCCCUUCGCCCUACGAAGCAAAUCGCUCGUAAGCCAGUACCUUCUGCUUCUGCGUCGGUCGAACCUGCCGUGAAGCCAGCGAAGGUAUUCAAAGCAUAUUCACCAAUGACCCAAGAUGACACGACUUGCGAUGAAGCUGCCGCCAAAAUUGACAUCGUUGAUUCUUACCCCGUCUUCCGAGACUCGGGGAGCGUGUUCGGACCUCGUUAUUCGACCGAACCCCGCAACUCGUCAUUAUCGACAGCUUCCGACACACCCGCAUUGUCCGAUGGGUCCUCGUCGCGCAACUCUUCCUUCUCGUCGACGACAUCCGAACAAUCCGAGCCUCGGCCUUCGUCCGCCUCCUCAAUGACCUACAUCACCGGAGCCCCACGAGCUUCCAAACGCCUCUCAGGAAGCUUCAACACGCUCAACGGCAUCUUCAUCGUCGCCUCCCCGCACCGCCCCACAAGUCGAUCCCCGAACCGAUGCCUCUCAAAAUCCUGCGACGUCGAGGCGUUCCAACUUCCUUAUUUACCAACACUCUUCCCAGAGUCCCCCUCUUCCUAUUCCUCGGCGGACCUCGCCGAGCCAACGACGAAAGGAUCUAUGCUCGCCCCUCGUACACUCGACGAGCUCGGUCCCGAGGUAGAUCCUAUCACGGUUAAGGUCACCCCGAAACGAAGGGCAAGCUUCGAUUCGAACGCGAUUCGUAUCAGUUGCUACGAUCGCGUCUUUUAUGUGCAUUGA